UUCUUGGCAAAGGAGGUGGAGGUGGAGGUGGAGCCGAAUCUCAGAGGCCCUGAAAUAGUCACCAUGGGGGAAAAUGACCCACCUGCAGCUGAAGCCCCCUUCUCCUUCCGAUCACUUUUCGGCCUUGACGAUUUGAAAAUAAGUCCUGUUGUACCAGAUGCAGACGCAGUUGCUGCACAGAUCCUCUCCCUGCUGCCACUGAAGUUUUUCCCAAUCAUCGUUAUUGGGGUCAUUGCCUUGAUACUAGCACUGGCCAUUGGUCUGGGCGUCCACUUCGACUGCUCUGGGAAGUACAGGUGCCGCUCGUCCUUUAAGUGCAUUGAACUGACGGCUCGUUGCGAUGGGGUCUUCGACUGUAAAGAUGGGGAAGAUGAGUACCGAUGUGUUCGGGUGAGUGGCCAGAAUGCUGUGCUCCAGGUGUUCACAGCUGCUUCGUGGAAGACCAUGUGCUCUGAUGACUGGAAAGGCCACUACGCUAAUGUUGCCUGUGCCCAACUGGGUUUUCCAAGUUAUGUAAGUUCGGAGAACCUCAGAGUGAACUCACUGGAGGAGCAGUUCCAGGAGGACUUCGUAUCCAUCAAUCACCUCCUGCCAGAUGACAAGGUGACUGCAUUGCACCACUCAGUGUAUGUGAGGGAAGGAUGUACCUCAGGUCACGUGGUUACCUUGAAGUGCACAGCCUGCGGUCUGAGGAUGGGCUACAGCUCACGCAUCGUUGGUGGAAACACGUCCUCACUCGCACAGUGGCCCUGGCAGGUCAGCCUGCAGUUCCAAGGCUACCACCUGUGUGGGGGCUCUGUCAUCACACCCCUGUGGAUUGUCACUGCUGCACACUGUGUUUACGACCUGUACCUCCCCAAGUCAUGGACCAUCCAAGUGGGUCUAAUUUCCCUGAUGGACAGUCCAGCCCCUUCCCAUCUGGUUGAAAAAAUCAUCUACCACAGCAAGUACAAGCCAAAGAGAUUGGGCAAUGACAUUGCCCUCAUGAAGCUGGCCGGGCCGCUCACGUUCAACGAGAUGAUCCAGCCAGUCUGUCUGCCCAACUCUGAAGAGAACUUCCCUGACGGGAAAAUGUGCUGGACGUCGGGCUGGGGGGCCACAGAGGAUGGAGGUGAUGCCUCCCCUGUCCUGAACCAUGCAGCUGUCCCUUUAAUCUCCAACAAGAUCUGUAACCACAGGGAUGUCUAUGGUGGCAUCAUCUCUCCAUCCAUGCUUUGUGCGGGCUACCUGAAGGGUGGUGUGGACAGCUGCCAGGGAGACAGUGGAGGCCCCCUGGUGUGUCAAGAGAGAAGGGUGUGGAAGUUGGUGGGAGCAACCAGCUUUGGCAUUGGAUGUGCAGACGUGAACAAGCCUGGAGUCUACACCCGCAUCACCUCCUUCCUGGAUUGGAUCCAUGAGCAAAUGGAGAGGGACCUGAAAACUUGACGAGUAAGGGGAUAACUGCCAUCCUGAGCUCCUGCAGAGAUGGAGGCUGCCCCAUCCCUUCCGACUCCUGCGUGGGACUCUUGGACAUGAGCGGAUGCCUUUGGUGCUUAGCUCCCCAGCACUGGCAGCCAGGCAGGAGAAGGUGCACCCUCUGACCUUCGAUGCCUGAUGCCUCUAACAAGCCAUGUACUUAGGCUAAGAUGACCUGAAAGCUCCUUUCUGACCUUGUCUAAGAACAAAUGU